ACUCAGUCAUACGGUUAGGCAUGUCGCAUCUAGACGGGCAAGAUUAUGCUCGGCCGUCGCCAUCGACACACUUGACGUUUCGUUUCCUGUUUUCUCUCUUAUUUUUACAUUUACGCGCGCACGUUUCUUUGCCUUUCUUCUCUCACGUCCGUAUAACAGUGUUUAAUAACACGAAGAAAUGGGUUGUUAAAAAAUGGGUUGCCGUCAUGAUUCGCGGGUCACCGUUAACAGUUAAGUGUGACUAAGCGUGCCGUUACCAUAUACCGGAUAUUGUAUCUUCGGUGUACCGGAAAUGAUCGAGUGGCCCGCCACGUGAAACUUGGGCGUACCCGGAAUUCUUAAGUGCCGAAAAAAUUUGCUCGCUAUUUGAUUUCAAAAUAAUAAAUCUCGUGAUGGUGGAAUAUAAAAAUUGAUAAUUAAAAAAUUUACACGUGUGAUAAUUGUGAAUUAAUUUUGACGAAAUGGUGCUUUCAAAGUGAACAUGAAAUGUGAACGUUGCUCGAUCGACGCUGUCUACUCUAUUUUCAAAGUAAAGGCGCGCUCUAUGGAAACGUCCUUCUCCUCGUGUCUCUCCGUGACGACGGAAUAUCACCGAGUGUUAUGUAGAGUUAACGUAGCUAUUUAGGCGUGGUCUUAUUCUGACUUCUAUAUGUGCCCGCACCAUGUAUGUUUAUACGCCUGCGCAAUAAAAGGAAAAUAUGACUUAUCUUGUCCAAACACUUGAUCAAAUAAAUGGGUCGAGCGUGUUACGAUUUUUUAAAAAGACUUAAUGCAGAGCUCCACAUUGUAUUGUAUUUGCAGAGGCAUCGAGUCCUUCUCCUCGGCAAGAAUUGCGACUCUCGUUACGAAACGAUCGUUGAUCAUCGAACGCGGGAUUUGGUACUAAUUACCCUCGUUAAUAACUUGCGCUGUCUCUUCAUAAAUAUCCCGACUAAUCGUACGUAAAGUGCGCUUUGAAUUCGCCAGCGAGUAAUCUCAAGCCAGCGAUAUCGCAAUUGACCUCCGUUACGUUAGUCCCUGCUAAUUAGAUGAGCAAAUUCGCUUGCUCGUCCCUAUCGUGAUUAACGAUAAAGCCCAUCAAUAGCAAAUAGUCCAUACAUUGUUUUUCGCCCGACUUGAUAAUCGUGUGCAGCAAUGCCUUGGAACAAUGGACAGUGGAAAAUGUGACAAAACUGUCGCGCACGUGCCUACGUGCCUUCGGUAUUUUAAGUCUACACAGGCGACUCUCCCGGAUGGUUUCAGUGGAAUUCUAUAAGACGAAUCCUAUUGUCCCUGUGUUCCGGUUUACUUUCUACAGUACUUAUUAUUAUUGUUGUUAUUACCGUACGACAUUUAAACUUCCACGUUGACAUCCAUAAAGUUUAACCUGAAUCGUCUUACAGUCGCGUGGCUACCGGUUACGUCGACUUCUGGACUUGAGGGACGGAGGUGGUUAAGUUGAGACCUCUUGCGACCAAGUCGCUGGAGAGGUUAGGUUAGGUUAUUAGGAAAUUUCUAUACGUCAUAAUACUUGUCACGGAGAGACUUUACUUUUGUAUCGAGUGCUUAAGAUUGUUCAAGACCUCCUUAGAGGCUCGUGUGAACAAUUGACAUCUUUGAGUGAUAAAAAGUCAGUGCCGAAGGCGAGGAUUACAGUGAAGUUUUUCGAUGAAUAAUCCAGCAGGGUCGACAAGUCCGUUCGCAAAGUGGAAUUGGAAAAGGAAAAUAAGUAAAUAAGAGAAAAAAGCCUUGAAAAUGGGAACCGACGAGAUGGACCGGGGAAUACCUAGCAGCACUUUGGCCACCCUUCGUGGGAUUUUAGUGAGUUCCUUGUCCAGGGAAAAUCUUGGACCGCACGAUCUGCCCUUACACGAACACACAUCCAGGCACCGUCCACCCCGCAAGGUGCACUUUUACGAAGGUAAGUCUGUCACACUCAACCCAUUAACUAGAGUCGCUCGAGACGUACAAGCUGGAGCCGCUUCUGAGGAAACUAGCCAAAGGUCCAGCUCUGCACACAAUCGCCACUCUCUCACGAAGGAGCAAACGAUGCAUUGGUUCGCUCACAUUGGCGGUGAUAACGAGUCGCUAGAUCAGUCAGAUGUAAAGCGUCGCAGUCUCUACGACGAGGACUCCCUCGACGGUGAUCAUCCUAAUGAUAAUCAAGGUCGAGACUCUGCCGGAAGCUCGAAAGAUGUUGACAGGGUAAGAUUAGUACGUGAGAGGCAAAACGAAGAGAGGCAACGGAAGCUGGAAGAAUUACGACAACAAGCACUGGCCGCUCAGCGUUUCCGGGAGCAACGAGAAGAAGAACGCCGAAGACGCAUCGACGAGCUCAGAUCGCGCGACCACGAUAGCCGACAUUUAUUUUCCAGACGAAACCAAGUCGAGGAACGAAAACGUCUAAUAUGGGAGGCCGAGAGAGAAAGACGCGAAGCAAUUCUGCGAAAGAAUCAAGAGAGAGACGCACGUAUAGAAGCCAAGAAGAAAAAUGAACGCUCGCACAUUGUCUUCGCGUUUGGCAGCUCCACGCCACGGAUGCUCGAGCCUGCGGACACCGGCGGCUCCACCUUCUGGGGAACCCGGAGGGCCACCUCGACGACGAAUGUCAUGAUGUUCACCGCUGCGCAACCCCUCACCAGGAGAUCCUCCGAAAGGGAACUCGACGGAAGCAAGAAACGCGCUACUUCCGCCGGUGGCCUCGAUCGGAAACCUGGAGAAGAUAUGAGAAUGUCCUCGUCCAUGUACGAGGUAUUCAAUUGGAAUUCUAGCCCCGAUCCUCCCUUAACCCCCGCGAAAAAUAAAAGAGCCAGCCUCUCUCUGCCUCCUACCACUGACAUCUUUGCCAUCGACGAUAAAUCAGAUAGCGAUACUAGACGUGCGAUGAUUCAGCGGGCUGCCACCGGUGAGGAGAGCGACGGUACACCAGGAACCCCGAGCUCAGGCUAUCUCCGAGUGAACAGGCGGCGUACAGACCUAAUGCCAACUAUACCUUCGCCAAGAGACGGACUCCCGUCGGCGGGUCGGAGCUCGAGCGCGAAGGUCUUCACACGUUCCCCAGGUAGGACUUACUCGAUGUCCAGGCUGGAUCAGCUGGCGCAGCCUAGAAAGCGUCCCAGCGAGCUUAGCACAUUGACGGAACAGCAACCCCAACCACUGGGCGCUUCUAGCAUGAGUCGCAGCAUGUCUCAUUUGGCUGCGCCUGGAGCCAAGAGCCUUAAGCGCUCUGACAAUUCUCGUAGCAUGGGUACGUUGCCAGGCGCAGUGCCAGUUCCUCGGCCCACGAGGGCCGAAAGGCUACGCCGAAAGGCGCGCGAGCAGCAGUCUCACCAGCACCAAGGUAUUCGCAGCGGAGAGGUGACGCCAAACAGCCCAUCUCGACCGCACAGUUCCAUGAGUCAGCAGAGUGGCAGCAGUGUGGGCAGCAGUAACGUCAAUCUGCGUCCUCGCACAACUACCCCUCGUCGUCCGCGACCUGCUUCCAUUGCCGGAACCGGCGUAUCUGUCACAGAACGACACAAUCUGGUCGAUGUCGUGAAAGCAACAAAGGAUUCAAAGCCACCACUGCCAAAGGUCCACAGCACUCCAAAGAAACCAUCCACGCCGAAAGGAACGGAUAUCGCGAAGAAACCGAACGAGAAGUUGAUAAAGCAUGCGAGGCCGUCGCCGCGCAUCACUCCCAAAGCUACUCCACUUCAGAGUCCAGGAAUCGAACAAGUUCCUCUCAUUCGAGAAAACACGACAGAGAUUAUUAAGCAAAACGAAGCCAAGGAGAAGAAGGACGCCAAGUCAGAGGCUGAGAAGUACGACGAAAAAGAGGAUCAAGGAACUGAAAAGACAGAGGCGCAGAGAGAAGGUCACGUCAUCGAGGCUAUCACCGCUGACGUCAAGAAAGAGACAACUCCCGUUCCCGUUUCCGAGGCAGCAGCUCCCACUAGUGUCUCUAAACCCGUUAAGGCAGAGACGAAUUUGAUUCAGGAAAUUUCACCAUCAGUUCCGGUCCUCCAGUCUGUCCAGGAAGUACCGAAAUCUGAAAAGAAGGACGAGAAUAAACCAGAGAAGAAAUCUCCAGAACCUGAGAAGAAGCUGGAGCCUGAGAGCGAUGAACAAGUCGACAUGUCUGCAUCGAUGAUUGCGAAAAUUAGAAUUACUACCGAGGAAGAAGCUAAGGCUGCACUAGCUGAACGCCGAAGGCUGGCUCGUGAACAGGCUGAACGCGAGGCCGAACUCGAACGUCAACGACUGGAGGAAGAGGCUCGUUUAGAGGCUGAAAGACUACGCGCAGAGGAGGAGGAGCAACGUCGUCUAGAAGAGGAAACACUUCGAUUGGCAAAUGAAGCGCGUGAAGCUGAGGAACAGAGACUUCGUUUGGCGAUUGAGGAAGCAACACGAAGAGAGGAAGAAGAUCGUAAGCGGCGAGAAGAGGAAGCACGUCAGAAGCAAGAAAAAGAGGAAGCCGAACGGAAGGCCCGAGAAGAAGCUGAGAAGCAACGAAUCGAAAUGGCCGAACGUCUCAAAAAGGAGGAAGAAGAAAGAAUUGAACGACGCAAGCGAGUCGAAGCCAUUAUGUUAAGAACUAGAGCAAAGAAUCAGCCCAAUACGCCCACCAAGGGAGAGGGUGGUGACAGUGAUAAACUGAAGGAAGAUAGCCCCAGUGAAGAGAAUAAACCUACACCAGGUAAUAAGGGCAGUGAUGUUAUGACAGCAAGCCUCAUAUCCGAGGCAACCCAGCAAUUUAUAAGUGGUGAGCAGCAGGCUCAUCAUACAGAGAACACAACACCGGACAUUGUGCGAAACGGUACUCACAGCAACGGCAUCAAUGAAAGCAAAACAUUAUUGGAUAAUAAUCAGGGUAAUGACGACGGUGAGGUCAACGGUCAUCAUACGAAUCAUGGAAAUGGUAUCAACAGCCAAUCGAUCACACUGGACAAUGCUACUGUCAAACAAAACAACGUGACCAACAACCUGUUAGACCUGUCGGAGUUUGACACACUGAGUAAUAGCGGUAGUGGGCCGAUACUUGAGCUGACACCAAAUCUGGCAAACGAAGAUUCACUCAAUUCGAAUCUAAAUCCAACGGCAAUACCAUUCACCCCAAUGACCAACCCGUUCAUGUCUCCUGCUGGUAACGCUAACACCAAUCCGUUCCAGGAUAAUUUUACCAAUAAUAAACCGCAGGACAACAACCAAGUACCAGAUCUUCUAUCAUAAAGUAACUGUUAGACAUUCUGGUGAAAGGAUGAAACGGAAGAAUUUCAAUGAAUUACUGGUUUGCCGCUGGCAAGCGUGCGAGUAAUCGAAAUGAUGUCGUUUAUGGAAAAUGUAAAUAAGCGCUAUAGAUAUAGCUGUAGAGCGGAAGUUUCAAAUAGAAUGGAAUGAGAUCCGGACAGUGUCCGCGAUUAGGACAGCUCUCCCUUCCGGAUACCUUCUCUCUCUCUCUCUCUCUCUCUCUCUCUCUCUCUCUCUCUCCCCCCUCUUUUUUCCUCUCCCUCUCCCCCCUUUUCCCACUUUACCUUUGUUCCUCUUCCCAAGAUCCUAUUACUUUUCUCCCAGUACUCUUAAUCCAUUACCAUGCAAAUCCUCUAUACCGAACCAUUAAACACUAUGCAUUAUAACAAUAAAUGUAAAAUAAUAUAUAAUAUUAAUUCAUAAUAUUAUACGAUGGCAAGCAUACACAUUCAGCCUAUUAUAUUAUUGGUCCGUGAGUUUAAUGUGUUUUUUUUUACAGUCUGUAAACAAUGCAUUAUCUUUAGUAAAUCAUGCGGGGCCUCACUUAAAAUUACGGAAAUAUAUAGUAAAAUAGAAAAAGAAACUAUAUUUCAUUGCAAAAUCAUGCACAGUAAUGCAUUUGAACAAGAAUUGUGUGUAAGGCCACGUGUGGUUUGCUAGAGACUUAAUUGUUUUCCAUCUGUCGAAAAAUACUUUGAGCUCAUGAACUGACUCUAUAGUAUGCUAACUGGAAUAAAACUAACUUUUUAGAAAACCUUUGAAGGGGAUAUUAUCUAUUUAUAACAUAUAAUUUGAGAUACACGUCUGUAUUUUAUUGUAUCAAAUUACAUUAAAUUAAUUUCACAUAAUUUCAACUCUUUUAAAUACUUUGCAUUUGAGAACUAUCAAACUGUACGACAAUGGCCGAGCGAUCCAUGGACUGUGCAAUGUUGCAAUUUAGUUAAUGGCGCAAAGAAUUACGGAGUAAUGUAUGUGACAGAUUAUGGUUAUAAGCGGAUGAUAGUGAAUCCAUAUCAACGUGCACAAUACGAAAAGAAUGUUUUCUCCAUCGGAUAUAUUUCGUCUCCGCGCCUCUAAGAAUUUCGUAAAAUGCGGCCUAGGAGUAUCGUCUCCAUCUAAACCGAAACAUUAUGUAAUCUAGUAUGAUGAUAUAACAUACGAUCUUAGGAAAGUAAACUAAUAAUAAUUGUGUCCAAUACAACAAUUACGAGAGAACGAUACAAAGCUGCUUUUCUUCUAUAUUAUGUUUUUGGGGCGUGCGCUCACUAGUCAAGUGAUUUUACUUUUGUUUACCUUCAAUUUCCCCCAUCACAUCGAGCUCCUUUUCUCUUGUUUCCUCUAAAUACACCUCUUGUCGUAUUAUCUAAUGCUGAGGCCCUACAAAUCAGGUAGAAAUCAAUGGACAUCGUUGUAGCAUCAAACAUCUUAUUCAUGUAACAUCGAGAGUUCAUUCAAUAACAACUUGAUUUGAUUGUCAGUGUUGUAUGAUUGGAAUAUUUAAAAAAUGAAGAUUAUUCUUCGUGUGAACUAUAUUAUUCAUAAUCGAACAAAAUUAUAAUUGGGAUGAAGUACUACAGUUGGGAUGCAUAUUCAUGUGGCACAAUGAUACUAUGUCUUUAACCGUAUAUUAUCCUUUACGUGAUUAAAAUUAUACAUCCACUUAAUUGCCUCGAUUUAAUUUCGUUAUUAUUACGCCUGUGUAGACGUAACAGUGAUAUUAUUAAAUUCAUAAAAAAUUGUUGAAUUUCGACAAAUUGUAACUAAUUGUUGCUUUGUUUUUUAUACAUCCCACGAAACACGACAGGAUUCGAAUAUAGCUAGAAUCAUAAAAUAUAAUGAAUAAUGUAACAAAGGCUAUACGAGUAACUUCUAAAAUUAGCACAAAAAUCACGAGAUAUGUUUGUUGGUUGCAGUGAAUUGUUGAGCGUCGUGCAUCCAUCAUUAUUUAACAGAAAAACCACUCCAAUUACUGUAUUAUCAAUCAGUAGUGUUUUGUAGAAAAUUUCGAGAAACGGGAUGUACCACUUUUUAUCGCAAAGGUUACUAGUGAUCCUUAUUGUAACGCCAUACUCCCGUUGCCUAGACUGUUGUCUGCUGACAUGAUGGGAUAUUGUAAAAAAAAGAAGUGUAUUUAUUUUUAGUAUUACAGAGCUCCAUUACCGUCCCUACAUUUUGAGCUAAUGCUCUAGUUUAUACCAAACAAUUGACACGCUUUGUAAAGGAUUAUAUUCGUACCAACUAAUUGUUAACAUCGUAUUUUCCAACUAAUUGAUAUGAGUAUAGUGCUUUACUAUGCGUUUUCAGGCAUACGGUGUUAACUAGGUCAAUGAAGAAACCAUCAACCAUCAAUUAUAGGCGUUGGUAUAAUAUAAAAAAGUAUGUUUUCAAAUAUUGAACGAUAAGGACACUAAUAAUCAAGAGUCAUAUCUAAAAUACGUCGUAAUGUAAAAAUGCUUUAUGUAAUAAAUACUUAUCAUCGAAUAAAUAGGAAGUUGAA